AUCUAAUUACUGUUCUUUGCAAAAGUUACAAUCUUUUUUAAUUUUUGGGCCUAUGUUUGCGUGGAAUUCAAUUCCUUUCGUUUGGUUUCUCCUUUUCUGGCUUACUUUUAUCUUUUUUCACACUUCCACUAGAAUGUUCCUUUGAACCUGCCAAGAAGAAUUCCCCACUUAUGUUUUGAUUUUUUCCCUUUUUCUUUUUUCCUUUUGUAAUUUCCCCUAAUCUGUAUACUUCUGUGGAAUGAUGAUGGUGGGGAUAUGGGUACCUCUAGUGUCUUCUCACUGAAUUUGAUCCUUUAUCUGCUCUAUAUUCAUCAGAUUCCUUCAACUUGUGCUGAUUCUUUUAACUAUUUGGAAUGCCUACACACCAGCUGCCGUAUUCAUAUAGCGGACUUGAACUUGUUUGGGAUUGAGGCAUAGUUAUUGUUGUCGCAUACCAGUAACAACAAUUUUGUUAUGGGCUGGCUUGAAAAGAUAUUUGGAGGUUCCUCACACAAGAUCUCUGGCGGACAAUAUCAUGGGGGGUAUGAGGGUGGGCAAUAUCACGGGGGCUACGAUGGAGGGCAAUAUCAUGGAGGAUACGAGGAUAGUACAAUUUGGGAUGGACCAACUACUUCAGUGGAUGCAUUAUCAGAUUUUGAUAAAGAAGAAAUUGAUUGUGCCAUUGCACUUUCUCUAGCAGAAGAGGAUCAGAAAGGAAAAAAAGUAAUCGCAGAAGAGGAUCAGAAAGCGAAAAAAGAAAUCGCAGAAGAGGAUCAGAAAGCGAAAAAAGUAAUCGAGAGUGAACCCAACUUGGAGGAAGACAAGGCGCUCGCCAAGGCCCUUCAGGAAAGUUUGAAUAUGGAGCCGCCUCCACCAUCACCACCUCGAUAUGAUUAUGGAAGUCUCUUUCCACCACUCUCAUACUCAUUUCCAUAUGGGUAUAGGGUUUGUGCCGGUUGCAAUGCUGAAAUUGGUCAUGGAAGAUAUUUAAGUUGCAUGGGAGCUGUUUGGCAUCCAGAGUGUUUCCGUUGUCAAGCUUGCAAUCAACCAAUUUCUGACUAUGAGUUUUCGAUGUCAGAUAACCGUCCUUACCAUAAAUCAUGCUACAAAGAACAGCAUCACCCAAAAUGUGAUGUUUGCAAGAACUUUAUUCCAACAAAUUCGGCUGGUCUAAUUGAAUAUAGGGCUCAUCCUUUCUGGCUUCAGAAGUAUUGCCCAUCACAUGAAAAUGAUGGGACACCUCGUUGCUGCAGUUGUGAGAGAAUGGAGCCCGUAGAUGCCAGAUAUCUGAUACUUGAUGAUGGUAGGAAGCUGUGUCUAGAGUGCUGUGACUCUGCGAUAAUGGACACUCAUGAAUGUCAACCCCUUUAUCUCGAGAUACAAGAAUUUUAUGAAGGUUUAAAUAUGAAAGUUGAGCAGCAAAUUCCUUUGCUUCUAGUUGAAAGACAAGCAUUAAAUGAAGCUAUGGAAGGAGAAAAGCAUGGUCAUCAUCACAUGCCUGAGACUCGAGGACUCUGCCUGUCUGAAGAACAGACCAUUAGCACUAUUUCAAGGCGGCCAAGGAUUGGUGGUUAUCGGAUUUUGGAUAUGUUUACAGAACCUUACAGGUUAAUUCGACGAUGUGAAGUGACAGCUAUUCUGAUCUUGUACGGUCUUCCUAGGUUGUUGACUGGUUCAAUUUUGGCUCAUGAAAUGAUGCAUGCAUGGUUGAGACUUAAAGGUUAUCCGAGGUUAAGUCCAGAAGUUGAAGAAGGUAUAUGCCAAGUAUUAGCUCACAUGUGGUUGGACUCUGAAAUUAUAGCUGGUUCUGGUAGUAGUUCAACUUCUGCAUCUUCAUCUGCAUCCUCGUCGUCCUCUUCGUCACCAUCUACUUCAUCAAAGAAAGGGAAACGAUCAGACUUCGAGAAGAAACUGGGUGAUUUUUUCAAGCACCAGAUUGAAUCAGAUACCUCAGCAGCUUAUGGGGAUGGAUUCAGGGAAGGUAAUAAGGCAGUGCUCAAGUACGGUCUCAAGACGACACUUGAUCAUAUGCGGCUUACAGGAACCUUCCCGUGUUAAAAUUUUCAGUCAUGCUGAGUGUUUCCACGUCAAAUGGGAUAUUCAAAAUAAACCUUCUAUAGUCUAUACUAGUUUGGUAGGACCAAAUAGCACAUACGAUUAUAAUCAUAUCACAACAAUGAAAAGCUAAAGAGUAAAUGCAGCAAUAAGAUGCUGAUACGUUUAAUAUCACGCUUGUCUACUUCAAGAUUGUAUACCUGUUCAUAUAAAGGAAACCCAUAAAAAGUGAUGCACAAGUAUAUACCUUUCUUCUCGUUC